CUGGAAUGUGACGUAAUUACCAUCAGCAAGGACAUUCAAUAAAUAGUUUAUUGGUGCUUAAUCAGCAUCGAUAUAAGGUGGCACGACGCGGGUCAAUACAUGCAUUAAAAAGUGGUUGAAUAUAAAGUAAAAUAUGGAUUCCAACCCAAAUGAUGGCAAAGAAGGCGAGAAAGGAAACAUUGACACAGAAAUAGACAUUGAGGAAAACACAAUUGACGCCCCGGACGGUGGAUGGGGCUGGCUGGUCGUCCUGGGGUCGUUUAUCAUCCAUGCAAUACAAGGCGGUUUAGAACGUAGCAACGGUAUACUUUACCUUCAAAUGCGACACCAUUUUGGACAGAGCGCCACAGACACGGCUUGGGUCUUAUCUCUGUACUCACUCAUCUGUAGAUUCGUAGGCCCUAUUUCAAGUGGACUAUGUACCAGGUACUCUUUCCGCGUAGUCACUUUUCUUGGAGUAAGCCUGACGGUUGCUGGAAUGCUCUCUUCCGGUUUUGUACCCACCGUCCAGUACCUGUACCUGACAUAUGGCCUCGUUGUGGGGGUGGGGUGUUCCCUUUCCUAUACCGCCUGCAUACUUGUUGUCGGCCACUACUUUAAUACCAGAAGAGGCAUUGCAAUUGGUGUUGCUGCAUCAGGGGUUGGAUUUGGAUGUUUUGCGUGGCCGCCAGUACUGCGUGCUUUAUUUGAAUAUUUUGGAUUUAGAGGAGCUUUUCUGAUUAUUGGUGCUAUAGUCAGCCACGUUUACAUUUGUGGAAUGUUGUUCAUGCCUUUAAUUAGAAGAAAAGUCAGGAUUCAACUCCACAAAAUAACUCCUGAUAAAGAUAAGAAUGAAACAACGGUAACUCUGUUGUCACAGGAGAUAAAAAGCAAACAAUUGAAUGAAGCAAUAAGCAAGCAUUGUGAAAACAGUAGUGAAAACAGUAAGAUGUUGUCAUCGGACAGUAAAACUGCAAAGACAGAACAUAUACCAAAGAGACGUUUCAUUGAUUUAACACUGUUUCGGAACUAUGCAUUUACCACCAUGUGUGGACAAAUGGUGUUAUUUGCCCUUUCAUACAACCUGACAUUUGUGUAUCUACCAGCCUUAGCCAAGGACCAGGGCAUCUCGGAACUGGAAGGAUCCUACUUGAUCUCAAUCACAGGAGUGUUUGACAUGAUUGCUCGUAUAUCCAUGUCGGCUUUGCUAGACACUAAGCAUGUCAAACCGUAUCGUUUAAUAGCAUAUAACUUGACACUUUUCGUUACCGCUGCGUUGACUGUUGCCAUGCCGUCUCUACACAGUUUCUUCCAUUUUGCCUUCACUUGUGCUCUAUUUGGUUUCGUUUCUGGAACGUACAUUUCUCAAUUGGCUCUCAUAAUGGUGGACAUUUUGGGAAUCAGCAAUUUGGCGAGCGCAUUUGGUCUCAACCAGUUAUUUCAGGGAAUUGGUAUGCUUCUUGGCCCAGUGAUCGGAGGAUUGAUAAGAGACUUCCUGGGCAAUUAUUACCUGUCGUUCUACUGCGGUUCUGCAUCAACAUUUGCAGCGGGUCUGCUCUUGAUGACAGGAAACAUCUGGUUACGCAGGCGCGGAAAGGCGUUAUAGUGACCGUUUUUCAGCAAUAUUUUAAAAACUGCAUGUUUUAUCGUAUUCCAUAGUGUUCAUAUACAACCAUUUCAGCUAAUAAAAUAUCUACGUUUA